AUAUGUGAUUAUUAUCUUUCUUGGACGCAUCAGAAAUCACCAUCAUUAUAUAUCUCUGUAAUUUCUUUAUCUGUUGGGAAAAGAAAUAAGCCUGUAAAGCCACUUUUGGUGUGGAACAUACCCUUGUUUGUUCUUAAGCCCUUUAACAAAAAAACAAAUUCAAUUGUAUAGCUUGUCCCUUUUCUUUUCUUUCCAAGUUUCAACUGAUUAAAUCUGUAUGUACUAAGAUAAGAAGCCAACAACGGAGGGACCAAAAGCAACUUUUCACAAAAUUUCUGAAACAAUUUUCCAGAAAUUUUUAAAGCGUUCUCAUCUCAUAUACACAGACUACAGAGUAACUCAUCUCUCUCUCUCUCUCUCUCCUUUUAUUUCUUUUUCACUUUCAAAAUAAAACUAAGCCCUGAAGCCCAUGCCCACAUGCUCAUAGACAUAGACCCCAAUUCACACACCCACCAUUUUCAGGCCUGCAAAUGAGUAAAAAAGCUUGCCCCUUACAAUGAUUAUAAAAAACAAAGCAUGCACAACAAGGUGUUUGUUUAAAAGAAUUCCAUAACUUCAUGCUCUCCACUGACCAUAUAUAACCACCCCCAUCUACAUUAUAUUGUUAGUUUUUCAUCUCAUCUCACUGAAAAGCGUAAAGUGUAAAUCUUGACUUUGAUUCUUGAAAGAAACACAUGGCCAUGACAAUGGCUGUUUCGCUGGUGGUUAUGCUGUGUGCUUUCGCGGUGGUUAUGGGUAAACCAUCGUUGUCGGAAUCCGACAAGAUUUUGAAAUUGCCUGGACAACCACCAGUUGGGUUUCAACAAUUUUCAGGUUAUGUCACCUUGGAUUCGAAAAGAAAAAGAGCCCUUUUUUACUACUUUGUUGAAGCUGAAGUUGAUCCAGUUUCAAAACCACUGGUUCUGUGGUUGAAUGGAGGGCCUGGAUGUUCAUCACUGGGUGUUGGAGCAUUCUCUGAAAAUGGACCUUUUAGGCCAAAUGGUCAGGGACUGGUUAGAAAUGAGUAUAGCUGGAACACAGAGGCGAAUAUGUUGUACUUAGAGACCCCAGUUGGAGUAGGGUUUUCUUAUGAUUCAUCGAAUUCUUCUGGUUUUGAAGUCGUCACUGAUGCAAUUACAGCUAGGGACAAUCUUGUGUUCUUGCACAAAUGGUUCUUGAAAUUCCCUCAGUAUCAGCAGAGAGAUUUGUUCAUAACAGGAGAAAGUUAUGCAGGUCACUAUAUUCCGCAACUAGCUGAACUUAUGGUUCAAUUCAACAAAAACAAGAAGCUUUUCAAUUUAAAAGGAAUUGCUCUAGGAAAUCCAGUGUUGGAGUACGCAACUGAUUUGAAUUCAAGAGCUGAGUAUUUCUGGUCUCAUGGGCUUAUAUCAGAUUCAACAUACAAAUUAUUCACAUCUGCAUGCAAUUAUUCACGAUAUGUGAGUGAAUACUACAGAGAUUCAGUUUCCCCCAUUUGCUCAAAAGUAUAUAGUCAAGUAAGCAGAGAAACCAGUCGAUUUGUGGACAAAUAUGAUGUUACUCUUGAUGUCUGUAUUCCAUCAGUGCUCUCGCAAUCCAAGAUCAUUAGCCCACAGCAAGUAACUGAGAGAGUCGAUGUUUGUGUGGAAGACGAAACUGUUAAUUAUCUCAACAGACGUGAUGUGAGGAGAGCUUUACAUGCACGUUUGAUUGGAGUCCGAAAAUGGGAAGUUUGUAGCAACAUCUUAGAUUAUGAACUGCUGAAUAUCGAAAUACCUACCAUCAAUAUUGUGGGAUCACUCCUCAAAGAAGGAAUUAGAGUUCUGGUUUAUAGUGGCGAUCAAGAUUCUGUAAUUCCAUUGAUGGGGAGCCGGGCUUUAGUCCAUCGACUCGCUACAGAAAUGGGACUUGAAACAACCGUACCAUAUCGAGUUUGGUUCGAAGGGCAACAGGUUGGAGGGUGGACUCAAGUGUACGGAAAUAUAUUCUCAUUUGCAACUAAAAUUUGCACGUUGCUUGAAUGUUAUGUGGAGAUUGAAUUUUUUGUCAAUAUGAAAGUAAUGGUGGUUGGUUGGUGCCUGGUGGCGGCAGACCGCCAGUUCAUGGUGGUGGUGCUUCCCGUAACAAUGGUGAUCGAAUUAAUGGCUUUUCAUGAUGUUGCCAUUUGUGUUACCGGUGGUGGCGUGGGGGUGUUUCUUUUUGCUGCUUGUGUUGAGGGUGGUGGUGAUGUUUCUGUUUAA